CCCCUCUCUCUCUCUCUCAUCAAUUCUCAAACAAGCUUGCCAAAGAGGAAUUCCACGGAAAGCGAGAGAUCUCCAAGCGCAGUACUUCUCCAGCAUACUGAGCUGCCUCUUCCUCUCUUUGGUCCUCGGCUAGCUUCCACGAUGUCCGGUUGCUUUGCCAGAGCGACGACGCACAGCGGAGAGACGAUUGCGAUCAUGGUAUGUACAACGUUCCGAUGAUCACCGAUUAUGACCUCCGCCGCCAGAGACACUGCGUAUCUUGUGGGCUCAUAUCGCGCUGCGGCCGCACCUAUUUCCAUGAUCUCCGAGGCCCCUUGAAACCGAACCCCCACUCUAUGGCCUACGACGACGAGCUCUCCCCGGCUCCGCAGGACGACCGAAGAGGCGAUGACGAAGUUUGCCCCGCCACAUCCACCGAUUGGCUCCGAUUAUCCCUCGGGCCGCCCCCUAACCCUCUUUCCUCCACCGUCGGUGCCGCCUCGAGCGGUGGCUCCGAGCGGAUGAAGACAUCCUCUGCCUCCUCUUCCGUAGCUCUGUUCUCGCCGUUGCCAUUUCUAGCAGUUUGGCCAAGCAGUAGCGCGAGCGGCUUCCCCAACCCUUCGGCGGAAGAUAUGGCGGGGCCGAUGGUGCCCUGGACCGGUCCCCACAGUAGGGAACCGCCGCCGCAAUAUUGGGGGCGAUUUUGGAAUGUUGGCAACACGAAUCUCGCCCUUGGCGGUGGUCCCGCGCUGAUUCUUCCUCCGGCAAUGCCGGAGUUCGUCGCGCGGCAGCUCGCGCACCCGAUGAUGAGCUCGGCGGGGGCUCCGCGCAUGGCGGUGAGGGUUGUUAGCCCUCCCAGAAGACCUCAAUCGGGCGUUUGGGUCACGCUUCAGGCCAAGCGAAACCGCGGGAGGGAGCCUUUUUUGCCUCAGAUACCAAAGAGCUACCUGAGGAUCAAGGAUGGAAGGAUGACAGUUAGGUUGCUGAUCAAGUACUUGAUGAACAAGCUGGUUUUGGAGGAUGAAUCUGAGGUGGAAAUUACAUGCAGAGGCCAAGGGCUUCUUCCCUCCUUGUCGUUGCUGCAUGUUCGAGACCAGCUCUGGUGCUCGAGGGAGUCAUCUUCGUCGGCGGCGAUGCCGCUGCAAGACUCGCUUAAUCCUGACCACAUCAUGAUGUUGCACUACGGUAGAAGAAGCCCGUCCUCGUGUAUUCUUUAAUUUAACUCUUGACCGCGCCGUGCCCAUCCACAAUUUUUGUAACACUCUUCGGAAUGACCAACUUUUGCUUCGAGUCAUCUUGAUUCAUUGGUGCUUGAGAGAAGUAGCUCGGAAGUGUCAUUUCCUUUUUUUUUCCGAGCGAAACAUCAAACGAUGCAUUGUACUUCAAGCUGUGUCUGAUCCUUUUGCUUCACUUUCCUUGUACUUCAUUUACUAACUCAAAUUCUACAACUACUGAUUCUAUUCUA